CACACCUCUGCUGUGUACACACCCUACUCUGCUCCCCUAGCACAUACACAGCAACCCAUGCCGAGCUGAACAGUUAUAAACAAACAUAGGCAAAACGUGACUCCUCCCACACGUGACUAAUCACAUGAUCGUGACAUCAUCAAAGGUCCUUGUGCCUGUAUCCUGUGUUGUGAGUGUGGUUUUUGCUCUCUGGCUUCUUCCUGGCCCCUGCUUUCCUUUCGGGGGGGAACACAAGGCGCCCCCUCAGCUGCUGCCCGGCAGAUGCUGAACACAGAAGAUGGGGUCUAUAGUGUCUGCCUAUACCAGCCAUGUGACUUCCACGAAGCCGGCUGGCAACGCACAUGUAGAAGAUGAUGACGAUUUGUUGGAUGGAAAGGACAGAGAAGAAGAUAUUGCUCAGUUUCCUUAUGUUGAGUUUACAGGACGUGACAGUAUUACCUGCCCAUCUUGUCAGGGAACUGGAUGCAUUCCAACAGAGCAAGUGAAUGAGCUGGUUGCACUAAUACCAUACAGCGACCAAAGGCUACAGCCCCAGAGAACGAAACUUUAUGUUGUCCUCUCAGUUCUGCUCUGCCUCUUAAUCUGUGGUUUUGUGGUGUUUUUUCUGUUUCCCCGCACUGUUCUUGUCGAAGACGGUGGCAUCAGGAUGGUACAAGUGUGGUUUGAUAAGGAAAACAACAUUGUGAACAUUGCUAUGACGAGCACCCUACAGAUAACCAAUUCCAACUUCUAUUCAAUCUCUGUAGACAGUCUUAUAAGCCAAGUACAGUACAUGAACACAGUCAUUGGAACCCAACAGCAGACCAAUGUGUCUGUCAUUCAGUCUCUCAGCGAGAAACUGGUGAAUUUCACAGUGAAGUUGGAGCUUGGAGGAAUCCUAUCUUAUUUAUAUAAUUUCUGCACAUUGACCACAGUUAAAGUGCACAACAUUGUUGUUUUUGUGCGAACAUCAGUGAAGUUUUCCUACAUUGGACAUACCUCCCAGAGCUCCCUGGAGACUUACCAAUACAUUGAUUGUGGAGCGAAUUCAACAAUACUGACUGACCACCAUGCUUUAUAAACUAGCAUAAAACAUCACCAGCAAUAUGUUAUCUUGUCCCUGUGUGUCAUCCACAGAAAUAAUGAAGCUGCAACUGCACCAGCUGAGCACACGCGUUUACAGUACUGGAAUUUGCACUGGUGCUUUCUUUUGAGCAUGCAAUGUUUGCAUGAUCCCUGGAUGUUGGUGAAGAGAAUCGAUCACUGUGUUUUCUUAGUGGCAUUAUUUUUAUUGCACUGGUGCCCCCCUUCCCUGUACUAUAUUUUAAUCCAUAAGAUGUUUUCUAGUCAUUGAAGACCAGUAUAUUCACACUUUUAAAUUUUAUUAAACUGUACAGUGUAUAGCACAAUAAAUGGCAAAAGGUGUCCCAAGCAAAAUACCAGCUUUAUAAAAGAUACAGGUAUUUAAAACUUUAUGAAAACAAAGCCUUGCAGUAAUAAGUUUAUUUUAUUUUUUCAUAUUUUCCUUUUUCUCGCUAUGUUGUGCUGCAAUGUUAAAUGUCAUAUUCUCACUGUAUAAGUGGAAUUAACCUAUGUGCUGACUGAUGAUUUUGGCAUUUAAUUCUUAAAGGGAUCCCGUAUUGAGUGUACAGCAAAUUGAUUUUAGGGUGGGGGAAAAAAUGUUUUGCUGGCACAGAACAAUCUCUCGUGAGAGGUUUACUUCCAAGCGGGCAUACUCACAGCCACGCCAUCAAGUAUUAUGUAGUAUAAACAUAAAACACACACAGUACAAAUGCAGAUACAUGUAUUAUUUAUUAAUUGAUCAUUUUAAUCUGUUGCUAGUGUCGAAAAUGAACAUAGACUUUAGACUGUACAAAUGUAAAGAAUUUGUAAGAUUGUGUAAAUAUCUAAGGCGAAAAAUAGUGGCACCCAGUAUAGUGUUUAAAUGGCCUAAUUCUUUAAUUUUUAUUUUUUUAAUACUUCUUAUUAUAAGCAUAUAUACUGUAUAUAUACCUAUUAUACAUUGUUCUUCAUUUAAAACUUUAUAUCUGGCUUUGCACCUAAAAUACAGAGAAAGCACUUUGCAAGAAUUUUGAGUCUACAGCACAAGACCUAUGUAAUUUCCAUGGUCACAUGCUACAAAAAACUGUAGUAGGACUCCCACAGUCAUACUUGUGUCCAUCUGACCCCUGUAGAAGUAGGGUACAGAUCAAAGUGAGUAUGACACUGGGAUCACACUACCCAGGUGUAUUUGUAGUCUGUAAAAAGAGACGAUUUGGUGUGCACAAGAGCUGUAAACACAACAGUAGAAUAUUUAAUCAAAAAUAUCUGCAAAUAUAAGUAAGAUUAAGCAGACUUCUAGAUUGAUUGUAACUGUGUAAAUGAUUAAGAAAAGGCGGUUAAAUGUACCAAUUGCUAUGGGUAUGUGAGUGAGUCCUUAAAGGAGUAGUCCAGUGGUGAUUCAGGGAUAAGUUUUUCACCACUGGACUACCCCUUUAAGGAAUUGCUGCCCUGGCUAAGACGAGUCCAGCACCUUGGUUCUUUGCAUCUGGGUUCUGGAUGCUGUUGUUUAUUUAUUUUUAUUUUUUUCCAUGCAUCUUAUGAAAACAUCUUUGGAUGGGAAUGCUCUCUAGGGCACAUAGAGAUGACUUGAAAAAAAUGUGGCCAUCUCUAGAUGGUGAAUAAAGAAUGAAAUGCUUUUAACCACUA